AUGGCCUGUCCACCGCCCCAUGCCCCCGCGGCCCCGUUCCUCCGCCGCCGGCAGCCCUCCACCGCCCCGGCCCGCGCCGUCCUCCACUGCCCUCCACCGCCCCAGGCCGCGCCGCCCUCGACGGCCGCCCGCGCCGCCCCUAGCCGCGCCGCGCCGCCCCGCCCUCCACCGCCCUCCACCGCCCCAGGCCGCGCAGCCCUCGACGGCCGCCCGCGCCGCCCCUGGCCGCGCCGCGCCGCCCCGCCCUCCACCGCCCUCCACCGCCCCAGGCCGCGCCGCCCUCGACGGCCGCCCGCGCCGCCCCUAGCCGCGCCGCGCCGCCCCGCCCUCCACCGCCCUCCACCGCCCCAGGCCGCGCAGCCCUCGACGGCCGCCCGCGCCGCCCCUGGCCGCGCCGCGCCGCCCCGCCCUCCACCGCCCUCCACCGCCCCAGGCCGCGCCACCCUCGACGGCCGCCCGCGCCGCCCCACCCCGCCCCGCCCCGGGCCGUGCCGCCCUCCACCGCCCUCCACCGCCCUCCACCGCCCGCUCCAUUUGAAGAGCUAUUUUAGUCAAGGCCGCAGUGGACCUAGCACUCGUGCUAGUGGAGUUGCAGAUCAUCAUGAAGCUCAAUUACAAGGGGAAGAAGAGGUUAAUGGUGAAGGAAAUGCACAUGUUCAAGUUCAAGCACAUCAAGAUGACAAUAGUGAAGAAGUUGAUGGUCAAGAAUUUGAAGGUAUAACUGAGUUCAACCCGGAUCACAUCAUUUCUGAUCCGGGACUUCGUAUUCCAAUUGAUCGCUUUGCUCCUAAUAUUAGAGAUGAAGUUAGAAGGGCAUUCAUAGCUAAAGUCAAGGAACAAAUGGCUAUUAUUGUGAGAUUUGUCAACAAAAAAGGAGAAGUAAUAGAAAGAUUUUUGGGUAUCAACCAUGUGAAGGACACAACAUCAGAGUCAUUGAAGAAAGUAUUAGUUGAGAUGUUAAGUGAUCAUGGAUUAGUUGUUGCAAAACUUUGA